CCUAACUGUGUGGUGGGCUAUUCCAACUAUCUGGCUUCCAGUUGUGUGUUGGUGCAUCUCCAUGUCUAUACGGAUGGGUCACACUCUUUCUGAGAUUGGACUACUGGUGAUUUUUGGUAUUUUUGUGUGGACAUUUAUUGAAUACACGUUACAUCGUUUUCUCUUCCACAUUAAAACAAAGAGCUAUUGGUUAGUUAUGUCUCGCCUAUCCUUUUAACUUUUAACUUAUAUUUGAUUUGAUAAAAAUGACGGAGUUGUACAUCUCUUUGGUUGCUCUUUUAUCUUCUCAUGUGAUUUAGUAAUGUAUGGUUGUACCAAUGUAUAGUCUUUAUUCUUCUCAAAAAAAAAAAAAAAAGUAUAAUCUUUAUAGGGGUAACACUAUCCAUUAUCUUAUUCAUGGCUUUCAUCAUAAGCACCCUAUGGAUGGCUUGCGUCUUGUUUUCCCUCCUGCUGCAACAGCAAUCCUAUGUUUUCCGUUUUGGAAUUUGGUCAGGAUCUUUGCAACACCAUCCACUACCCCCGCCAUUUUUGGAGGUAGCUUAUUCGGAUAUGUAAUGUAUGAUAUCACUCACUACUAUCUACAUCACGGGAAGCCAUCUAAUGACGUAUCAAAACAUCUAAAGAGAUACCACUUGAAUCAUCACUUCUGCAUUCAAGACAAGGGCUUUGGCGUAACGUCGUCAAUGUGGGAUAAAGUGUUUGGAACACUACCGCCUCAAAAAACCACUCAGGAUUGUAAAUAAAAAAAUAUGAUCACUCGUACCAUUGUUCUUCCAUCUUCUUCACCCUGAUCUAGUUUGUCUAGGGAAAAAGUUUUAUAAAGUUUUUGUAGCUCAUGUUUGUAUAAACAACUGAGACCGAUAUAUUAUCAUUGCUUAUUUAUGGAACGGAAAAAAAAAAUAUUAAUAAAAAAUUAUCUUCUUUUACGCUACGUAUUUCUCAA